AUGAAGACCUUACUAGAUGUUGUAAAGGAUUGCGAUAACUUUCCUUACGCGGAAGAUACAGAUUCCGCACACGCGCAAGUACAGGCCUCACCAUGGAAAUUCUAUCUCCCGGAGGAUCCCAGACCGCACGGUCUCUUGAUUGAUGCUGUGGUAGAGCAGAUGCCAUGGACAGCAGACUUCCGGGUGCUUCCUGCCCCGCAGAAAGAAGUGCACCUUAUUCAGCCCGAGGGCGUCAACUGGCAUGAGAAAUGCACGGAGAUCAUUGAGCGACAGGCGGAACUUGCGCGCGAGAAAGGAGUGUUUCCUAAAUUCGGGAAGAAGAGACACGAGCAGUUCCCGAUCGUCGGGGCGAAGUUUCCGGUGGGGGUUGAUCGAAGUUUCUUCUCGUAUCUUGGUAUCAUAGGCCGUGGGGUACAUAUGACAGUGUACACCCGGACGGAGGCUGGGUUGAAGUUCUGGAUUCCGCAGCGACAGUUUAACAAGGCCUAUGGGGGUAUGUUGGAUAAUACUGUGGCGGGUGGGAUGGCCAUCGGAGAGCAGCCGUUAGAGUGUUUGGUUCGCGAGGCAUCGGAGGAGGCCGCGAUGUCUGAAGAUCUGAUUAGGACGAAGGCACGGGCCGCAGGUACCGUGAACUGGAUCGGUAUCAGCGAUGAGCGAUCUGGUGGUCACCCGGGGCUCAUCAACCCGGGGGUGCUCUAUGUUUAUGACCUUGAAGUCGACUCAGAUAUGGUGUUCAAAGUGGUCGACGACGAUGUAUAUGCCUUUCAUCUGAUGGACACGAAUGAAGUGAAAAAGGCCAUGUUGGACGGUAAAUUCAAACCGGCCAGCGCGAGUGUUCUCGUGGAUUUCUUCGUUCGGCAUGGUCUUAUUACAGCCGAAGACGAGGAGGAGUAUACGGAGAUUGUGUCCCGACUACAUCGAAAACUUCCUUUGCCAACUAGUUCACGUUGA